AUGUCCAGUUCUCGACCUCUCUUAGCCUCGAGCUAUACAUCGAUAGAGGAAAGGGGAGAAAAGCUGGAUGCGGUUAGAAAGGAAUUGAAUGUGGUUAUCAAUGCUUUGCCGACCCAAAUACAUCCGAUUGAACGGUCAUUGUAUCUAGAAGCUAUACUGGAUGAUCUGAGUGAUAGAGAUGAUGCUGCCUGGACUUUAUGGCCACAGGAUGUAUAUAUACUAGCUUUGACAGCUAUAAAAUCUCUUGGACGUAAUCCCGUAGGAUCCGAGACGCUCUUGUCCAAUGAGAACUUCUCUAUCCUCCUUCAUCACUCUGGUUUACCAUUCCCAUCUACCUUUUCCCCUACACGACCCCCACCCACACCUUUCUCAGUCCCAGCUAGAGAAACCCUCAAGGUACUUGCCAAUCUUCUCGUACUAUAUGAAGAGGGAAGGCACGUUAUGGCCUCUUCAGGAGGAGCGAAAGCAAUUGCCAGAGCCUUUGCCGGUAAAGAUAUCGAUGGGGAGGAAGUGGUGUAUGAAAAGGAAGAAGAUAAUUUGGAAAGACUAUUCUUAUUAGGUAGGUUAGGAUUUCUGGUGACGAUUGAAAGACCAAGAGCGGUUGGAGUCAUGGUGGACACAGAAGACAUAGUAGAUUCUCUAGUUGGGCAUUUCACCAAUCUUCAGUCAACUCCCGCGAAUCAUAUGGCUCUGGGAGAAUUACUGAAAAUGACGAAUAACAUCAUCCGUUUCUACCCUUACACGAGUGAGAGUAUAGGUAAUUCAUCAGCAGAAAUUGAACAGUGGAGUGAAAUAUUCGAUCCGUUGCUUUACCCAAUACUGUGUCACUUUCACAACGUCCCAUUUAUCGAUCUCUCACCCCCCUUAUCGCACGCUAUCCAUGUUCUUCUCUCUAUCCCAUUCCUCACUCGUCUUCUACCUACCUGGCAUUCAGUACCUUCUGCGCCUCCGUCACCGCCGAUAUCUAACGCUUCCCCUACAUCAUCGAUGAAAAACUUAUUAUCCAAAUUAUCCAAUAUGUCAACGAGCCAAAACCACAAUAAGAAAUCUUCUUCUUCCUCUUCUUUGACAGGAGAAUCACUCAUACCGCCCAAUCACCGUAAAACACCUUCACCAUCUUCUUCUAGACGAAGUAGUGGAUCUACAACUACGUAUAGACCUACUGUUCUUUCUCCAAGUACUCAGGACCCUUCAGCACUGCCUACGAGGUUGCUGAAAAUCUUGGAUCAUUUCUUCGAUACCUACUUACCAUGGCCUAAGAAGCCUGAUGAUACCCUUCCACAUGGUCUGGUACCGGACGAAGUGCUACCUCCUCUGUUGUUACUCCUGACUAGGGCAGCAGCGGGUAGUGAGCCCAUCAGGGUUAUCUUGAGAGAAACACUAUUACCUUCUACUCUUGAUCGAUCACCUGAAGCUGGACCAUUGGAAAGCCGGAAGGGUACAUUAGGGAAUCUACUAAGGUUGAUGGGAUGUGCGGGACAUACUCAGUGUAAGAAUACUGCUGGAGAAUUGAUGUGGACCAUAUGCAAAGGUGAUGCUGCAGACCUAUGCGUCGAGAUAGGAUACGGUAAUGCCGCCGGAUUGUUAUUCCAAAAAGGUCUAUCGGGACCUCCUCCAGCGAAGAUCGAGGAAAUACCAAAUCCCGAAUCUCACGCUCAAGCUGAUGAUGAACCGCAAUCGCAACCUCCAAAAUCAUCUACUUCAAUUAACAUACAGCCUGCUACACCUACCGUACCGAAACAUCAUACCAUACCAUCUUCUUCCACCUCCGAACGUAAUCCUAUAACUUCUUUGUCGAAUGAAUAUAGUAAGGAAGUCGAUGAAAUGACGGAAGAAGAGAAAGAACGUGAGGCCGAAAGGUUGUUUGUUUUAUUCGACAGAUUGGAGAAAAACCCUGUGAUAUCCAUGAAUAAACCUCAGGAACAAGGUGGUGGGAAAGUCAGUUUGAUGGAGAUGAUGAGAGAGAAAUUGAAUUCUGGACGAUUCGAAGAAUCACAUGAAGAUGAUGACGUACAGAGAAGGAGGGAGGAGGAACAGGAUAAGAAGGAUGAAGAAGAGGCGAGGAAGGAGAUCGAAGAUUAUAAGAAGAGGUUGGGUAGGAAAUGA